UGUAAAAUGCUGUUUUCGUUUCAGUUUUGAUGAAUAAAGUUUAUUUCAGUGAGUUUAAAAUAUCAUUUGAGAUUAAAAUUAAUAUUCUGCAAUCUAAAAGACACUGCUUACUUUUUUUUAUAAUAGCCUAUAAUGUCCUAAAGGGUCGUGGUUUGUGAAUAGCAAGAUGAGCGCCGAUCAGCCGGAUCUUUUAUUUUUCGACACCUUCUCGCAUGAUACUAGCGAGGAACUCAAUUUAGAUUUAGUUCAAUUUCCAAAAUCAGUUUAUGUGCGAGAGUUACGCAUCAUACCACUUGGAGCUCGCGUAGAAGGUGACUUUCCAGGCGGCGUCAGGUUAGGAGCUACCAACCCUACAAAGUUUCACAUUGACUUCUUUGUGAAUGACUUGAGCAAGCCAGGAGCCUCCACUUUUGAAGCCCUUGGUAGUAUUGAUUAUUGCCAGAAUGGGCAGAUACAUAUGGAGUGCAUGUCAAAUGUGGAUCAGCCAAGAAUACCUACUGAUGGACUUGUUCUUAGGGGCUGGUACACAACAAUCACAUUGGCUGUGUAUGGAAAUCUAACCCAAGUCUUACCAGAAACUCCAAUAGCUGUCAACCCACCACCAAACAUCCCAAGGCCAGUGACCAGAGAAGUUAGUGCUCUUCCUCCUAAUGUACCACAAACAUCUGAGUGGAACCCAGAACCCUCCAACCCAAUUCCAGCAUAUACUGGUAAUGUCACAGUGAGCAAUCCAGAAGCAUAUGGAAGUAACUACCCUGAAAAUUACGAUAACCAAAUGUACCGAAACGAGUACUAUGAUAAUGAAGCUCCAAAAGACCCCAGAACAUAUCAUCAUUUGGAAGAUAAUGAGUGGGAGAAAGGAAGGGAUAUUAGUUGCGAGAGAGAGGGAGAUAGAUUGAGGCAUAGCCCUAGGCCAUUAGAGAUUGACAGAGAUAGAGAAAGACGUGAAGGAAGAAGUCGUAGACGUUCGAUUGAAAGAGGGAGAAGUCGGGAAUCAUCUAGACUUCGCGAUAGAAGUAGAGACUUAGAAAGACUACAUUCGAGAUCAAGGAGUCGUGAUAGAGAAUUCGUAGUUAAAGGGGAAUAUAGACCAGUAAGCCGAUCACGAUCUAGAAGCGUUGACCGCGAAUGGGAUAGAGGAUCAUAUAAAAAGGACGAUUACCGUCGUAAUCGUGAUGCUUCGUACGAUAGAUCGCGUGGUGGAUCUUAUGAACCACCUCCAUCUUACGAACGUAAACUUCCCUACGAUAAAUGUGCUUCAUAUGAGAAACGUCUAUCACCAUUUGAUAAACGAAGUUCGUCCUACGAACAACGUGCUCCUUCCUACGAUAAACAAACGCCAUUUGAUAGAAAGAGACACUCUCCUUAUAAUCGUAUGAGAGACUCUAGUUACGGAAGUCGAUCGCCCAGCCGUGAUGAUCCAAGAAAACGUCCUAGAACUCCUCCCGGAGAAAGGCGACCGAUGUCUCCAAGAGAAGGUGAAUCAAGUCCUAUCAAUUCGGUACGAUCAGAAGAAGGCCCCGAAUUCGAUAGAAGUGGCAAACAAAUACCACGAAUAGACUUUUACCAUCAAAGCUAUAGACACAAGAGCUCUAUUAGAAGCCCCUCUCAAGAAGUUGAUACUGCUUACGUCGAUCCACAACAUUCUAGUUUGGUGACUGUACCAAUUGUUGACACAACACCACCUAAAGUUAUUGAGUCACCUAACCGUAAUCCAGAAGAUGACAGGUCAAUGGAUGCUGAACCUUUCGAACCAAUAUUAUCUGAUGAAGAUAUUUGUGAUGAUCUAGAAGGAAAUUCGUACAUAGAUGCCGAAUAUGAUGUAAACGAAUAUUGUGGAGUUGAUGACAUUAUAAAAUAUUUCAAUCCUUUUAAAGCUGAGUGGAAAAAAUAUGAAUAUGUGAACAAAAUAACCAGUCUUGCCGAUGUCAAAAGUGAAAAUGUUAAAGAUGUAAUGAGUUCCAGUUUUGAUGAACUAUGUCACGCUAGUACAGAUUUGUCAAAGAUGUAUGAAAUAACUGUUGCAGCCAAAAAAAGGGAGCAGAAGUUUUUCUCCAACACCUUUUUGGAAAUUGAUAAUUCAUCUAGAGAAGAUUGGGUUCUUCAAUGUGAACAACUAUAUGUCUCUCUUACAAGUCUUUGCAAAAACACCGAUAUAAUACUUAGAAUAUUUCGCACAUAUAACAGAAUGGAAACUUCGGAUGAAUUUACUGAUGUUUACAAUUUACUUGUCACCUUUUGUAGAAUUGGCUUAAAUUACGAAUUCGCGUUAGCACAGCAGCAACCUACAUUCAAAAUAAGACAUAUGAAAUGUGGUAUUCGCCUUGCAGAAGCCUUGAUGUCACAUCGACAUUGUGGGCAGGUUAUGAAAAUGUUGUUAAAUAAUGGAAUAAACAUGACAAUGCAACUCAUUGAGAUGUAUUCUAAAGAAUAUAUGGCACUGAGUAUUCGUUUGAUAAUCUUAAAUACUUUGAACGUCUGUUUGUCUUCAAAGGAAGCCAUUGAUCAUUUUAUGCAGGAUGCAGUACACCCUAAGUUUGAUAAAAAAGACCCUGAUAAUAUCCGGAAGUCCAUGAACGGUUACCAGGCUCUCAUAGCUAUGAUGCAGGCUAAUCCCUUAGGCAGGAUUAAGUUUGCGUUAAGCGCACUAAUCAAAAAGUUUAAUAUAUAUGAAGUUUUAGGGAAAUUACAUGAUUUAGUUUUCAAAUUUAAUAAUAACGCAGCGGAAAACAGUCGUCCGGAAGAUAACGAAUUAUCAGAAGGCGAAGUUAAUUUUAUCGCCGAAUCUCUCGAAGAAACACUGUACAUGUAUCGGUCACAAUGCUUCCAUAUUUCUCAACCAAAGAAAUUCUUACCCGCAUCAGCACAAUUUGAAAUUAAUAAAGAAUGUUCAAACGAAAUCCUUCUCCAGUUCUUCGACAUCCAUCGAAUUCUAGAAGUGUGUUUGUACUUGCUUACUUGCCCAACUACUUGCAACAACUUGGUAGUCACUAGCCCCAUUCAUGAUCUGAUAUUUGAAUUGAUAAACUCACAAAAUGGUUUAAUGUUUCUGUAUAGGAAUAUGGAAAAGUGUGAAUUGAUAUUCAAGGUUUUAGAAUAUCCUUACGGACAGCAAAACACUGAAGAGGUCCCGUAUCCACAUGAUAGCACUAUAAGUACCUAUAGCGAUUCACAAAUUGCAGGUCUCGAGCUUGCAUAUAGACUAAAAGCUGUGUACUAUUUGAAGUCUAUAAGCGACCUUCAAGCGGGAAAAUUGGAUGAAAACGAGCUUAUUGAUAGAUUACAGUCUUUAUACUGUCUUAGUUUUGGUAGUAUUGGAAAAACUGCUGUCCCAAAUGUUGUUGUAUUGGGAGAUAACCCUGAAUGUCUCAUAAAGGUAUUUGAAAACGAUGUUAAAACAAAAGGUAAAACCGAUUCGCCUUCGAAACAUAAAUCACCUGCUAAAGGUUAUGCCAUAGAGCUAAUUGUUUCCGCUGUCAGAUACGCAGCUAAUGUUCCAUUUUUGAAGAAAUACGGCCAGAGAUUGAUAAACGUUUCCAAAGAUCACGAUAGAUUUGAGCCGAGCGUAUCCAGUGUACUGCAAGAAGUGAUUCCAUAUUUGAAACCUGUUGAGAAGCCUAAUGUUCUAUCGGGCGAAGAUUUAAUAGAAUGUGUUGAGAUGCUUAAAACUAGUCUAGAACACUCUGCGGACUUACCUGGCGAGCUAAUGACCUGUCUAAGAAUAUUGCGCCAUUUCUGCAUAUCUGACUACGAGAAAAACGUCUCAAUCGUGUGUGAAUCACCAAUUGAAGAUUACGUGGAAUUAAAAUACAAGUACAAUGUUCUACAGUUGUUUUCUUUGGACGGUGUUGCGCAUAUUUCGGGAAUAUUGGAUCGUUUGGCAAUACAUUUUGAUCAACCGAGUAUGCAUACCUCUUUCUUUGCUUCAAUCAGAGGCUUGCAAUUGGCUCAAAUGUUGCUGCCAUGCUUGAAUUUACUGGACGAUAUGCUGGCACGAGUAGUACGUUGUCGGGGACCCCGAUUCAGAGAUUUAACUGCUGCCCCGAUAAUACUGAAGACUUAUGGAAUCGCAAAAGCUUUUCCUGUCGGUUCUAUCGGAUAUAGAACCGCAGCGAAAGCGGCUGAAGCCGCAGUAAGAGCAUUACUAUCAUACGCUCAACCUAUAGCGGAUGACGCGAAAGACGGCGAUUCGAUCCGUAGAGGUCCGUGGACGUCUUUAUGCUCGGAGGUAAUCUCCUACAUAAUGACAGCCCCAUAUACGUUCGUCCCCGGUUUACUUGUAUUUUCCGAAUUAUUACCUUUGCCUUUACCAAUGCAAACAAAAACAGCGCCUUCUGAUCGAGAGCUAGCUGACGCGGCGAACGAGAGGCGUAUGUGGUCCGCACAUUUACACGCUUUAUCAAAUGAUUUGACGGAUAUGAUACAGAUUAUAUGCAUGUCGACGUAUAGACCAGUGGUGCAUAUGCUGCGGCGAGUGUGUGUCCAGAUUGCUGACUUGGCGCCCAAUACAGCCGCCAUUGUGGCUAGGGCAGCUGUCGGGGCGGUCAUGCGCGAAUUGAAGGAAGGAGAAUCGGCCAAUGCAAGUUUAACUCGAGUUUUGGGGUUCUUAGCAUGUUUAGUCUCGCAUGCUCCCGUAAAGUGUGCAGUUUUACAUACAAUUAGCGCAGGAGGGCCUAAAUCACACGAAGUUCAAACUGCUUUAUGCAACAUCCUAGCUCUGGCAAACGCAUCCAGUGACCAUGUGACGGCUCAGGAAUACGCCUCCCACGCUUUAGCAGCAUUCUGCGAUGCUGAAAUCACUUUGACACCAUUAAGUUCGGCUACAGAUGUGCUUUUAGGGAAUUCGUUGCCCAAUAAAGAAUCGUUAGUCGCUUUCUUGGACGCCUCCGCUGCGUGCCUCGAGUCAUCCACCAAAACGUGUGCAGUAGCCGUCUCAGUUUUACGUGCGUAUUUCGUUUUGACGGAACAUGAAUACGGAUUUCAACAAUUUCGGAAAUAUGUGACGAGGAAACGGGAGAGUCUUGGGAAAUAUUUCAAAUGGGCUCUGGAAGGGUCCGGAGAGGAGAGAGCGGAGUGCUUAAACUUGUAUAUUGAUCUCAUAAAGAUUUUGAAAGUUGAUGUUGGAGAAGGCGCAUUGGGCAGGAAAAGUGUUCUGACUUUAAACGAGAUGGCCGAUAUGGUGGGAUACACAUCUGCGGAUGAAGAGCAUCCGGUUAUGUCUUUGGAAAAAAUUUUGAAGGAAAGAAACUCUGAAGAAGAAGUCCUAUUUAACGCAAAUUUCUUAAUAACCCAUUUGCAAAAGCUCAAAUCUUCCGAGGAAGCGACCCCUGCUGAGGUCACUGAGUUGGCUCCCCCGCCCCCAGAGCCCUUGGUGGCGCAGUUCGCUGCGAGGCUGAUCUACUGCAUCGGGGACGCCAGCGACGAACGCCUCACCACCGGCUACUGGCUCAACGUGCCCUUGGCCAGCGGCGACGAUGACGUCAACGACACGGAGCUGGUGUCGUGCGACGUGAUGGGCGUGGCCGACGGGCACCUGUCGGGCGGCGCGGAGUUCCUGGCGGCCGGCGUGCGGCGCCUCGCGGGCUGCCUCGACGCGCGCCCCGAGGCGCUGCCCUGCGACGACAAGCGCCCGGCCGUGGCGCUGAGCCGGGUGCGCGCGGAGGGCGGCGCGGACGCGUUCCGCUCGCGGCCGCCCAACACGUCGCGCCCGCCCUCGCUGCACGUGGACGACUUCACGGCGCUGCACCAGCCCUACGCGCCGCCCGGCCGGGGCGUGCGGCGCGGCGCGGGCGCGGAGCGGGGCCGCUUCGGCGCUCCGCACGCACACUACCGCCACCUGCGCGGUCGAGGCGCGUGGGAGGGCGCGCAGCACUUCGGCCACUUCGCGCCGGCACACUACGUGGCAGCGGGCAUGGGCUGGGGCGGAGCGCGGAUGGGUCGCGGGCCGCGGCACCGCUCGUUCAUGCGCUAGGCGCGGGAACUUCAAUAAACACUCAUAUUUACUGAC